UGCUUGACUUGCACCUUUUCAUGGUACUUUCAGCCAAGGGCUAAUACUGUUUAUUCACAUUUUCACCUGCUGCGUGACCAGUGAGUGGGGGAGAGACAGAAGCAAACCCUCAGAAUGGAGGAAGAAGAAUAUGAGGAAGUUGUGGAGUACUACAUUGAGGAGACAGUUAUUGAGGAGGGUGAGCCACACGAGGUGGUCACAGAGAUCACUGAGACCAUCAGCACAGACUACUCAGGCCCUGAGACCACCACAACCACCACCUACACCUCUGAGCACAGGCAGCCCUCCGGGGAGGAUGCAGCCCCUCCCAUCAGGAAGAAGACAAUCCGGACAAAAGUGGAUCCAUCCAAGUUUUUGACUCCUUACCUGGAACACAGCAAUAAAAUGAAGGACCUGUUCAGUGAGAACAAAUACAAAGAAAAAUUUAGAAAAGAAAAAGGAAAGCCAUAUGCUUCCACAAUUGAUACCCCAGAAAUCCGGAGGAUCAAGAAAGUGCAGGACCAGCUCAGUGAGGUUAAAUACCGCAUGGCUGGGGAAGUUGCCAGAACCAUUUGCCACGUGGAUGAAAAGGCCAAGGAUAUAGAACAUGCAAAGAAAGUGUCACAGCAAGUGAGCAAGGUAUUGUAUAAACAGAACUGGGAGGAAAAUAAGGACAAGUACCUGCUUCCCCCUGAUGCUCCAGAGCUUGUGAACGCAAUAAAAAACACAGCAAUGUUCAGCAAGAAACUCUAUACUGAAGACUGGGAUGCAGACAAAACAUUGUUUUAUCCCUACAAUGACAGUCCAGAGCUCAGAAGGGUGGCACAGGCCCAGAAGACUCUGAGUGAUAUUGUCUACAAGAAGGGGCACGAUGAAAGGAAAGCAAAAUUCACCUCUCUGCCAGACCCCCCCGAUGUGGAACAAGCCAAGAAGGUGACACGGCAGCUGAGUGAUGUUAUUUACCAUGAGGACUAUAAAAACAAAAUCAAAGGCAAGUGGAGUCAAACUCCGUGCUAUGACGUGGCAAUUGCGAAAAUGAAUGCAGAAAAUCUAAGUAUGAGGAAAUACCAGGAGGACUUUGAAAACAUGAAAGACCAAAUCUACUUCAUGCAGACUGAAACUCCAGAAUAUGAAGCAAACAAACGAGCUUCAGAGAACGUCAGCAAGUUCAAAUACAGAGCAGACUAUGAAAAGAAAAAAGCUGUUGCAGAUUAUAAUGUGCUCCCUGCUACAGAGAACCCACUGCUGAAGCAAUUAAAGACUGCAGGAAAUAUUCUGAGUGAUAAAUUAUACAAAGAGGCCUAUGAACAGUCCAAAGGAAACAAGAUGAAUUACUGUGAGACCCCCAAGUUCCAGACUGAUGCUGCUCUGAAGAACUUUAGUGAUAUAAAAUAUAAAGAUGCAUAUCAGAAGAAUAUUUUGGGGCACUACUUGGGCAGCUUUGAGGACCCACACCAGAUCCACUGCAUGAAGGUUGAAGCUAUGAAAAGUGAUAAAAAUUACAAAGCAGAUUAUGAGGAGGAAAAGACAAAGUGCUACUUCCCUCAGACCAUAACUCAGGAGUAUGAAGCGAUCAAGAAGUUGGAGCAAUGUAAAGAUUACACCUACAAAAAGCAUCCUGAUCAAACCAAAUUCACUUCAGUGACCGACUCUCCAGUACAGAAGCAAGCAGAGAUCAACAGCAAACAGCUGAGUGAUAUAUUGUAUAAAUCCAAAGGGGAAGAAAUUAUUCACAAGUACCACCUCCCUCCUGAUGUGCCCCAGUUCAUCCAGGCUAGAGUUAAUGCCUACAACAUCAGUGAUGCUAACUACAAAGCAGACUGGAAGAAAACCCUUGCCAAAGGCUAUGAUCUGAAACCAGAUGCCAUUCCAAUUAUUGCUGCUAAGGCUUCUCGGAAUAUUGCAAGUGAUUACAAGUACAAGGAGUCCUACGAGAAAGACAAAGGCAAACAGGUCGGGUACCGGAGCCUGCAGGACGAUCCCAAACUUGUUCACUACAUGAACGUGGCCAAAAUCCAAUCGGAUCGGGAGUACAAGAAGGAUUACGAAGUCACCAAGACCAAAUAUCACACUCCUCUGGAUAUGUUCAGCGUGACAGCUGCCAAGAAAGCCCAGGAAGUGGUGACAAACACUGGCUAUAAGCAGCCAAUCCACAAUUACACCCUCCUGCCUGAUGCUGUGAACCUGGAGCUGUCCAAAAACGUGAUGCAGCUGCAGAGUGAUAAUCUGUACAAAUCUGACUUCAAUAACUGGCUGAGAGGAGUUGGCUGGGUCCCAAUUCAGUCCCUGGAUGUAGAAAAGGCCAAGAAAGCCACGGAGAUCCUCAGUGAGAAGAAAUACCGGCAGCAUCCCGACCAGCUCAAGUUCUCCAUCCCCAUGGAUGCCAUGGAACAAGUGCUGGCAAAGCAAAAUGCCAAGACCAUGAACAAGAGGCUGUACACAGAUAAAUGGAACAAAGAGAAGACCAGCAUUCACGUGAUGCCAGACACCCCAGAAAUCCUGCAGUGCAAAGUGAACCAGAUGACCAUGAGCGAUAAACUUUACAAAGCUGGAUGGGAGGAGGACAAGAAGAAGGGUUAUGACUUGCAGCCAGAUGCAAUUCCAAUAAAAGCGGCCAAAAGCUCCCGGGACAUUGCAAGCGAUUAUAAAUACAAACUGGCCUACGAGAAGGCCAAAGGGAAGCACAUCGGCUUCCGCAGCCUGGAGGACGACCCCAAGCUGGUGCACUUCAUGCAGGUGGCCAAGAUGCAGUCUGACAGGGAGUACAAAAAGGGUUAUGAGAAGGCCAAGACCAAUUUCCACACUCCAGUUGACAUGGUCAGCGUGGUGGCAGCCAAGAAAGCUCAGGAAGUGGCUACCAAUGCGAACUACAAGAACUUAAUCCACACCUACAACGUCCUGCCCGAUGCUAUGAGCAUUGAAUUGGCCAAAAACAUGAUGCAGUUACAAAGUGAUAAUCAAUACAAAGCAGAGUAUGAUGAAACUAUGAAGGGUGUUGGGUGGCUCCCACUGGGCUCCCUGGAAGCUGAGAAGAACAAAAAAGCCAUGGAAAUUGUGAGUGAGAAGAAAUAUCGCCAGCAUCCAGACAAGUUGAAGUACUCUGUUCCCAUGGAUUCCAUGAACAUGGUCUUGGCUUUAAACAAUGCCAAAAUCAUGGAUGAGCACAAGUACAAACAAGCCUGGGAAGAAGAUAAGAAGAAAAUUCACAUCACUCCAGAUAUUCCACAAAUUGUUUUAGCAAAAGCAAAUGCAUUCAAUUUAAGUGAAAAAAUGUACAGAUCUUCAUUUGAAGAAACCAGGAAGAAAGGAUAUGAUCUCAGGGCUGAUGCUAUUCCUGUCAAAGCUGCCAAAGCUUCCAGGGAUAUUGCCAGUGAUUAUAAAUACAAAUUGGGGUAUGAAAAAGACAAGGGGAAACUCGUCGGCUUCCGCAGCCUCCAGGAUGAUCCCAAACUUGUCCAUUCCAUGCAAGUGGCCAAGAUGCAGUCGGACAGGGAGUACAAGAAGGCCUAUGAGACGAGCAAGACUCACUACCAGACACCUUCUGACACCCUCAGCGUGGUGGCAGCCAAGGAGGCCCAGGACCGUGUCACCAACACGGGCUACAAACGCCUGAUCCACCAGUACAUGCUCCUGCCAGAUGCAAUGAGUCUGGAGCUGUACAGAAACAUGAAUCAGAUCCAAAGUGAUAAUGAGUACAAGCAGGAUUACAAGGAGUGGUUCAGGGGGAUUGGCUGGAGUCCCAUUGGUUCUCUGGACGUGGAGAAGUCAAAGAAGGCCACGGAGAUUGCGAGCGAUCGGAAGUACCGCCAGCACCCCAGCCUGUUCCCCUUCACCAAACAGAACGAUGCCAUGGACCUGGUCCUUGCAAAGCAGAAUGCAAACAUCAUGAACAAACAUGCUUAUACCCAAGCCUGGGAGAAGGAUAAAACUCAGGUCCAUGUGAUGCCAGACACACCAGAUAUUCUACAGGCCAAACAGAACAAGACAAACUACAGUCAGAAACUCUACAAGCUUGGCUGGGAGGAAAUGAUAAAGAAAGGCUAUGACCUCACACCUGAAGCCAUGUCAGUGAAAGCUGCCAAAGCUUCAAGGGACAUUGCAAGUGAUUUCAAGUACAAAGAAGGAUACCGCAAGCAGCAGGGGCAUCACAUCGGGUUCCGCAGCUUGCAGGAUGAUCCCAAGAUGCUGUGGUCCAUGCAAGUAGCUAAAAUGCAGAGUGAGAGGGAGUACAAGAAAGACUUUGAAAAGUGGAAGACCAAGUUCAACAUGCCCGUGGAUAUGCUGGGCUUCCUUCUGGCUAAGAAGUGUCAGGAGCUGGUCAGUGACGUGGACUACAAGCGGAUACUGCACCGCUGGACUUGUCUGCCAGACCAGGUCGAUGUCACCGAGGCAAAGAGGGUCAACGAGCUGCAGAGUGAUAACGUGUAUAAGUCAGAUCUGCAGUGGCUCAGAGGCAUUGGAUGGAGUCCUUUGGGAUCUCUGGAAGCUGAAAAGAACAAGAAAGCUUCUGAAAUACUGAGUGAGAAGAAGUACAGGCAGCACCCAGACACUGUUAAGUUCACAAGUAUCCCAGAUGCCAUGGAUGUCGUUUUGGCAAAAUCUAAUGCCAAAAAUAGGAGUGAUAUACUCUACAGGGAAGCUUGGAACAAAGACAAGACUAAGAUUCACAUCAUGCCCGAUACACCUGAAAUUUUGCUGGCUAAAUCAAACUUGAUUAACACAAGUGAUAAACGUUACAAGGUAGGAUAUGAAGAGCUGAAGAAGAAAGGCUAUGACCUCCCUCCUGAUGCCAUCCCCCUCCAGGCAGCCAAGGCAUCCCGAGACAUAGCCAGCGAGUACAAAUACAAAACUGCAUACAGAAAACAGCUGGGCCACCACAUCGGGGCCAGGAACAUCGAGGACGACCCCAAGAUGAUGUGGUCCAUGCACGUGGCCAAGAUCCAGAGUGACAGGGAGUACAAGAAGGACUUUGAGAAGUCCAAGACGAGGUUCAGCAGCCCCGUGGACAUGCUGGGAGUGGUGCUGGCCAAGAAGUGCCAGGAGCUGGUGAGCGAUGCCGAUUACCGGCACCCUCUGCACCGCUGGACCUGCCUGCCGGACCAGAGCGACGUCGUCCAUGCCAAGACAGUGUACGACCUGCAGAGUGAUAACGUGUACAAGUCUGACCUGCAGUGGCUGAGGGGCAUUGGCUGGUCCCCAAUUGGGUCACUGGACGCUGAGAAGAACAAGAGGGCGAGCGAGAUCCUGAGUGACAAGAAGUACCGGCAGCACCCAGACACCAUCAAAUUCACCAGCCUGCCUGACUCGAUGCCCAUGGUGCUGGCAAAGCAGAACUCCAAAAUCAUGGACCAGCGCUCGUACAUCUCAGCCUGGGAGAAGGACAAAACCAGCAUUCACAUCAUGCCAGACACGCCUGGGAUCCUGCUGGCCCAGCAGAACAAAGUGAACUUCAGCGAGAAACUGUACAAGCAGGCGAUGGAGGAGGAGAAGAAGAAGGGCUACGACAUGCGGGCAGAUGCCAUUCCCAUCAAGUCUGCCAAAGCUUCCCGGGACAUUGCCAGUGAUUACAAGUACAAGGAAGGGUAUCGCAAACAGCUGGGCCACCACAUCGGGGCCAGGAACAUCGAGGACGACCCCAAGAUGAUGUGGUCCAUGCACGUGGCCAAGAUCCAGAGUGACAGGGAGUACAAGAAAGCCUUUGAGAAAUCCAAGACCCACUUCAGCAGCCCCGUGGACAUGCUGGGAGUGGUGCUGGCCAAGAAGUGCCAGGAGCUGGUGAGCGAUGCCGAUUACCGGCACCCUCUGCACCGCUGGACCUGCCUGCCGGACCAGAGCGACGUCGUCCAUGCCAAGACAGUGUACGACCUGCAGAGUGAUAACGUGUACAAGUCUGACCUGCAGUGGCUGAGGGGCAUUGGCUGGUCCCCAAUUGGAUCACUGGACGCUGAGAAGAACAAGAGGGCGAGUGAGAUCCUGAGUGACAAGAAGUACCGGCAGCACCCAGACACCAUCAAAUUCACCAGCCUGCCUGACUCGAUGCCCAUGGUGCUGGCAAAGCAGAACUCCAAAAUCAUGGACCAGCGCUCGUACAUCUCAGCCUGGGAGAAGGACAAAACCAGCAUUCACAUCAUGCCAGACACGCCUGGGAUCCUGCUGGCCCAGCAGAACAAAGUGAACUUCAGCGAGAAACUGUACAAGCAGGCGAUGGAGGAGGAGAGGAAGAAGGGCUACGACAUGCGGGCAGAUGCCAUUCCCAUCAAGUCUGCCAAAGCUUCCCGGGACAUUGCCAGUGAUUACAAGUACAAGGAAGGGUAUCGCAAACAGCUGGGCCACCACAUCGGGGCCAGGAACAUCGAGGACGACCCCAAGAUGAUGUGGUCCAUGCACGUGGCCAAGAUCCAGAGUGACAGGGAGUACAAGAAAGCCUUUGAGAAAUCCAAGACGCACUUCAGCAGCCCCGUGGACAUGCUGGGAGUGGUGCUGGCCAAGAAGUGCCAGGAGCUGGUGAGCGAUGCUGAUUACCGGCACCCUCUGCACCGCUGGACCUGCCUGCCGGACCAGAGCGAUGUCGUCCAUGCCAAGACAGUGUACGACCUGCAGAGUGAUAACGUGUACAAGUCUGACCUGCAGUGGCUGAGGGGCAUUGGCUGGUCCCCAAUUGGAUCAUUGGACGCUGAGAAGAACAAGAGGGCGAGCGAGAUCCUGAGUGACAAGAAGUACCGGCAGCACCCAGACACCAUCAAAUUCACCAGCCUGCCUGACUCGAUGCCCAUGGUGCUGGCAAAGCACAACUCUGAAAUCAUGAACCAACGCUCGUACAUCUCAGCCUGGGAGAAGGACAAAACCAGCAUUCACAUCAUGCCAGACACGCCUGGGAUCCUGCUGGCCCAGCAGAACAAAGUGAACUUCAGCGAGAAACUGUACAAGCAGGCGAUGGAGGAGGAGAAGAAGAAGGGCUACGACAUGCGGGCAGAUGCCAUUCCCAUCAAGUCUGCCAAAGCUUCCCGGGACAUUGCCAGUGAUUACAAGUACAAGGAAGGGUAUCGCAAACAGCUGGGCCACCACAUCGGGGCCAGGAACAUCGAGGACGACCCCAAGAUGAUGUGGUCCAUGCACGUGGCCAAGAUCCAGAGUGACAGGGAGUACAAGAAAGCCUUUGAGAAAUCCAAGACGCACUUCAGCAGCCCCGUGGACAUGCUGGGAGUGGUGCUGGCCAAGAAGUGCCAGGAGCUGGUGAGCGAUGCUGAUUACCGGCACCCUCUGCACCGCUGGACCUGCCUGCCGGACCAGAGCGACGUCGUCCAUGCCAAGACAGUGUACGACCUGCAGAGUGAUAACGUGUACAAGUCUGACCUGCAGUGGCUGAGGGGCAUUGGCUGGUCCCCAAUUGGGUCACUGGAUGCUGAGAAGAACAAGAGGGCGAGCGAGAUCCUGAGUGACAAGAAGUACCGGCAGCACCCAGACACCAUCAAAUUCACCAGCCUGCCUGACUCGAUGCCCAUGGUGCUGGCAAAGCACAACUCUGAAAUCAUGAACCAACGCUCGUACAUCUCAGCCUGGGAGAAGGACAAAACCAGCAUUCACAUCAUGCCAGACACGCCUGGGAUCCUGCUGGCCCAGCAGAACAAAGUGAACUUCAGCGAGAAACUGUACAAGCAGGCGAUGGAGGAGGAGAAGAAGAAGGGCUACGACAUGCGGGCAGAUGCCAUUCCCAUCAAGUCUGCCAAAGCUUCCCGGGACAUUGCCAGUGAUUACAAGUACAAGGAAGGGUAUCGCAAACAGCUGGGGCACCACAUUGGGGCCAGGAACAUCGAGGACGAUCCCAAGAUGAUGUGGUCCAUGCACGUGGCCAAGAUCCAGAGUGACAGGGAGUACAAGAAGGACUUUGAGAAGUCCAAGACGAGGUUCAGCAGCCCCGUGGACAUGCUGGGAGUGGUGCUGGCCAAGAAGUGCCAGGAGCUGGUGAGCGAUGCCGAUUACCGGCACUACCUGCACCAGUGGACGUGUCUGCCUGACCAGAAUGAUGUGAUCCAUGCUAGGGAAGCCUAUGAUCUCCAGAGUGAUAACUGCUACAAGUCUGACCUGCAAUGGCUGCGGGGCAUUGGUUGGGUCCCAAUUGGUUCCUUGGAAGUUGAGAAGGCCAAGAAAGCAGGGGAGAUCCUGAGUGACAAAAUUUACCGCCAGCAUCCCGACACCAUCAAGUUCACCAGCAUCCCAGAUUCUCUCCCGAUGGUGUUGGCCAAGCAGAAUGCAGACACCAUGAACAAGCGUUUGUAUACUGAGGCCUGGGAUAAAGACAAGACACAAAUCCACAUCAUGCCUGACACGCCUGAAAUCACACUGGCAAGAGAGAACAAGAAGAACUACAGUCUGAAACAAUACAGACAGGCCAUGGAAGAUGCAAAGCAGAAAGGCUACGAUUUGAGAGCUGAUGCCAUCCCCAUCCAAGCAGCCAAAGCAUCCAGGCAAAUUGCCAGUGAUUACAAGUACAAGGAAGGGUAUCGCAAACAGCUGGGCCACCACAUCGGGGCCAGGAACAUCGAGGACGACCCCAAGAUGAUGUGGUCCAUGCACGUGGCCAAGAUCCAGAGUGACAGGGAGUACAAGAAGGACUUUGAGAAGUCCAAGACGAGGUUCAGCAGCCCCGUGGACAUGCUGGGAGUGGUGCUGGCCAAGAAGUGCCAGCAGCUGGUCAGCGACGUUGACUACCGGCACUACCUGCACCAGUGGAUCUGCCUGCCCGACCAGAACGACGUGAUCCACGCCAAGCAGGCCUACGACCUCCAGAGUGAUAACGUGUACAAGUCUGACCUGGAGUGGCUGCGGGGAGUUGGCUGGGUCCCAAUUGGAUCCUUGGAAGUCGAGAAAGCCAAGAGAGCAGGGGAGAUCCUGAGUGACAAAAUUUACCGCCAGCAUCCGGACACCAUCAGGUUCACCAGUGUCCCGGAUUCCCUGGAGAUGGUGUUGGCCAAGCAGAACGCAGACACCAUGAACAAGCGUUUGUACACUGAAGCGUGGAACAAAGAUAAGACCACGAUUCACGUCAUGCCUGACACCCCAGAAAUCCUGCUGGCCAAACAAAACAGAGUCAACUACAGUGAGAAAAUGUACAAACUGGCCUUGGAGGAGUCGAAGAAGAAGGGCCAUGAUUUGCGUUAUGAUGCCAUUCCCAUCCAGUCUGCCAAAGCCUCCAGGGAGAUUGCCAGUGAGUACAAGUACAAGGAAGGGUAUCGCAAACAGCUGGGCCACCACAUUGGGGCCAGGAACAUCGAGGACGACCCCAAGAUGAUGUGGUCCAUGCACGUGGCCAAGAUCCAGAGUGACAGGGAGUACAAGAAGGACUUUGAGAAGUCCAAGACGAGGUUCAGCAGCCCCGUGGACAUGCUGGGAGUGGUGCUGGCCAAGAAGUGCCAGCAGCUGGUCAGCGACGUUGACUACCGGCACUACCUGCACCAGUGGAUCUGCCUGCCCGACCAGAACGACGUGAUCCACGCCAAGCAGGCCUACGACCUCCAGAGUGAUAACGUGUACAAGUCUGACCUGGAGUGGCUGCGGGGAGUUGGCUGGGUCCCAAUUGGUUCCUUGGAAGUCGAGAAAGCCAAGAGAGCAGGGGAGAUCCUGAGUGACAAAAUUUACCGCCAGCAUCCGGACACCAUCAGGUUCACCAGUGUCCCGGAUUCCCUGGAGAUGGUGUUGGCCAAGCAGAACGCAGACACCAUGAACAAGCGUUUGUACACUGAAGCGUGGAACAAAGACAAGACCACGAUUCACGUCAUGCCUGACACCCCAGAAAUCCUGCUGGCCAAACAAAACAGAGUCAACUACAGUGAGAAAAUGUACAAACUGGCCUUGGAGGAGUCAAAGAAGAAGGGCCACGAUUUGCGUUAUGAUGCCAUUCCCAUCCAGUCUGCCAAAGCCUCCAGGGAGAUUGCCAGUGAGUACAAGUACAAGGAAGGGUAUCGCAAACAGCUGGGCCACCACAUCGGGGCCAGGAACAUCGAGGACGACCCCAAGAUGAUGUGGUCCAUGCACGUGGCCAAGAUCCAGAGUGACAGGGAGUACAAGAAGGACUUUGAGAAGUCCAAGACGAGGUUCAGCAGCCCCGUGGACAUGCUGGGAGUGGUGCUGGCCAAGAAGUGCCAGCAGCUGGUCAGCGACGUUGACUACCGGCACUACCUGCACCAGUGGAUCUGCCUGCCCGACCAGAACGACGUGAUCCACGCCAAGCAGGCCUACGACCUCCAGAGCGAUGCUGUUUACAAAUCAGACCUGGAAUGGCUGAGGGGCAUUGGAUGGGUUCCUAUUGGUUCCUUGGAAGUUGAGAAAGCCAAGAAAGCUGGAGAAAUCCUCAGUGACAGGAAGUAUCGGCAACCUGCAGACAAGAUCAAAUUUACCAGUGUGACCGACUCCCUGGCCAUGGUCUUAGCCAAGCAAAAUGCUGAGAUCAUGAACAAGCGCUUGUACACAGAAGCCUGGGAUGCAGACAAGAAGUCCAUCCAUGUCAUGCCUGACACACCAGACAUUCUGUUAGCAAAGGCCAAUGCAGCCAACGUUAGCAAUAAACUUUAUGUAAAAGCCUGGGAAGAGGCCAAAAAGAAGGGUUAUGACAUGAGAGCUGAUGCAAUUCCCAUCAAAACCGCAAAAGCAUCAAGAGAUAUUGCGAGUGACUACAAGUACAAAGAAACCCACGAGAAGGAGAAAGGCCACUACAUCGGGUGCCCCAGCGCCAAGGAGGACCCCAAGCUGGCGUGGGCCGCGCGCGCCAUGGCCCUGCAGAACGACCGCCUCUACAAGAAGGCCUACAACGACUCCAAGACCCAGAUCCACAUCCCUGUGGAUGCCCUGUCGGUGCAGGCAGCCAAGGAGUGCCAGACACUGGUCAGUGACAUUGACUACAAGCAGUACCUGCACCAGUGGACCUGCCUUCCUGACCAGAACGACGUGAUCCACGCGCGGCAGGCCUACGACCUCCAGAGCGACGCUGUGUAUAAGUCAGACCUGGAGUGGCUCCGUGGGAUUGGCUGGUUGCCCAACGAGUCUCCAGAGGUUAAGAGGGUGAAGAACGCCCAGGAUCUCCUGAGUGACAACGUGUAUCGGACCCCCAUUGACAGCCUGAAGUACACCAGUGUUGUGGAUUCCCCAGAUGUUGUUCUGGCCAAAACCAACUCUGAGCAGAUCAGCAUUCCAAAAUAUAAGGAGGCCUGGGAAAAGGACAAGACUAUGAUCCACAUCAUGCCAGACACACCUGAAAUCAACCUAGCCAAGGCUAAUGCUAUUAAUUACAGCCAGAAACAGUAUAAGGGCGCUUGGGACGAGCUGAAGAUGAGCUACGAUCUGAGAGCAGAUGCAAUUCCAAUCAAGACAGCCAAGGCCUCUAGAGAGAUUGCCAGUGAUUACAAAUACAAGCUGGAGCACGAGAAGCAGAAAGGACACUACGUGGGAGUGCCGAACGCCAAGGGAGAUUCCAAAAUCCAGUUUGCCCUGGACGUAGCCAAAGUUCAGAGCGAACGGGAGUACAAGAAGCACUUUGCCAAGCAGAAGACCCAGUGCCACCUGCCCGUGGACAUGAUGUCCAUUGUGUCAGCCAAGCAUGGGCAGACCCUGGUGAGCGACGCCGAUUACCGGCACUACCUGCACCAGUGGAUCUGCCUGCCCGACCAGAACGAUGUCAUUCAUGCCAGGCAAGCCUACGACCUCCAGAGCGAUGCUGUUUAUAAAGCUGAUUUGGAAUGGCUGAGGGGAAUUGGAUGGUUGCCAAAUGAUUCCCUUGGAGUCAAGCACGUCAAAUAUGCUGGAGAUCUCCUGAGUGAGAGAAAGUACCGCACAAAAGCUGAAACUCUCCCGUUCACUCCCGUGGCUGACAGAGUUGAUUAUGUCACAGCAAAGAAUAGCACUGAAAUCCUCAGUGAUAUUAAAUACCACAAAGAAUGGAAUGAGGCCAAGACAAAUUAUACUCUCACAGACACACCACAGCUGGAUAUGGCCCGAGAGGCAGCCAGAAUUUUAAAUCAGAAUUUAUACAAGGAAAGCUGGGAGAAAGAAAAAGCCACUGGUUACCUCCUGCCUCCUGACACGGUGCAGAUCUCUCAUGCCAAGCACUCGAGUGAUGUCCAAAGUGAGCUGAAGUACAAAGCUGAGUAUGUCAAGCAGAGAGGUCACUACGUGGGAGUUGCCAAGAUGAGGGAUGACCCCAAGCUGGUGUGGUACGAGCACGCGGGCGAGAUCCAGAACGACAGGCUGUACAAAUCCGACUACAACAAAACCAAGUCCAAAAUCCACAUGCCUUCGGAUGCCAUGGCAGUUGUGGCAGCCAAGGAGUGCCAGAACUUGGUCAGCGACGUUGAGUAUCGCCAGUACCUGCACCAGUGGACCUGCCACCCCGACCAGAACGACGUGAUCCACGCACGGCAGGCCUACGACCUGCAGAGUGAUAACGUCUACAAAGCUGAUCUGGAGUGGCUUCGUGGCUGUGGGUGGAUCCCUCUCGAUUCAGUGGAGCACAAGAAAGUUAAGAAUGCACAAGAACUGAUAAACAAGAGAGCAUACACAAAAGAAGCCCUGGAGAACUUUUCCAAGUACACCAGCGUGGUUGACACUCCUGAGAUCACUUUGGCAAGGAUGAACGCUGUCAAUCAGAGUGAUCUAAAAUACAAAGAAACAUUUAACCAGGAGAAAGGCCAGUACAUCGGGUCUGAUGAUACUCCUGCUCUGCACCACGCCAAAGACAUGUCCUUGCUCCACAGCGAGAAACAUUACAAGAAGGCCUGGGAGCUGAGCAAGCCCAUUGGAUACACUCUGGAUGAGAAAUACGUUCCACUUGUGGGAGCCAAACAUGCAAACCACAUCAACAGCGAGCUUAAAUAUAAAGAGAUAUAUGAGAAGCUGAAAGGGCAUUAUCUGGCUGGGAAGGAUAUUGGUGAUUUCCCCAGUGUCAUUCACUCCCUGGAAUUCCAGAAAAUGAGGAGCGCGCUGGCCUACAGAAAGAAUUAUGAAGACACCAAGAAAAAUGUCCACAUUCCAACUGACAUGAUGAACCACGUCCUGGCCAAGAAGUGCCAGUACAUCCUCAGCGACCUGGAAUACCGCACGUACUUCCACCAGUGGAAUUGUUCACCUGAGGAAAACGAUGUUAUUCACGCCAGGAAAGCCCAGGAGAUUCUCAGUGAUGCUGUGUAUAAAGAUGACUUAAAUUGGCUGAAGGGACUUGGCUGUUAUGUCUGGGAUACUCCACAAAUCCUACAGGCUAAGAAAUCCUAUGACCUGCAGAGCCAGAUAAAAUACACCUCUGCAGGGAAGGAGAACUUCCAGAACUUCAGUGUGGUUACAGACACCCCUGUCUACGUGACUGCUCUGCAAAGUGCUGCCAACGCCAGUGAGGUGAAAUAUAAGGAGGAAUUCCAAAAAACUAAGGACAAGUACACCACCGUGACCGACACAGUGGAUUCAGAAAGAGUUCAGAGUUUGAAGCAUCUCUAUAGUGAUAAUCUCUACAAGAAGGCCUGGGAUAAAGUGAAGGCCACCAGCUAUGCACUGCCCUCGGAUGCUGUAGCCUUGGCACGUGCCAAAGAACUCAAGCACAAUGCAAGCAUUGUCAAAUACCGGGAGGAAUAUGACAAAUUCAAAGCCCUGUACACCCUCCCCAGAGGUGUUGAGGAUGAUCCCAAUACAGAAAGGUGCCUCAGAGUUGGAAAGCUCAACAUCGAUCGUCUGUACAAAGAAGCCUAUGAGAAGACCAAAGCCAAGGUGCACAUUGUCCCAGACAUGGUGGACAUCAUCUCGGCCAAGGACGCCCAGAAGAAGAUCAGCGAGGUCGACUACCGCACGCGGCUCCACGAGUGGAUCUGCCUGCCAGACCUGCAGGUCAACACCCACGUGCGGAGAGUCACCGACCAAGUCAGUGAUGUGAUCUACAAGGAUGAUCUGAACUGGCUGAAGGGCAUUGGCUGCUUUGUCUGGGACACUCCUGAGAUCCUCCAUGCCAAGCAAGCCUACGACCUUCGCAGUGAUAUUAAGUACAAAUCUAAGGCUGAAAAAAUGAAGAAGGACUUCACUGUGGUCACAGACACUCCUGUCUAUGUCCAGAAUGUGCUCAGUGCCUUGAAUUUAAGUGAGGCUGUCUAUCGUGGUGAUUACAGGCAGAAUGUCAAAGGCAAGAUGAUCCCUACUGAUAAAACAGUGGAUUUGGAGCGGGCGUAUAACGCAAACAAAAUACAGAGUGAGAAUCUGUACCGCUGGGCUGGUGUGAAUGCUCUGCCCACUGGAUACAGCCUUCCCACGGACACCCCCAACUUCCAGCACGCCAAACACGUCCAGCACAUCAGCAGCGAUCUGAAAUAUAAAGAAGCCUAUGAGCACAUGAAAGCCAAGGGCUACACUCUGGGACCUAAAGAUGUUGGCUUUGAAAAUGUGAGGAAAGUCAAUCAAGUCAUUAAUGAGAGGCUGUACAGGGCAACGUACCACAAGAACAAGGACAAGAUCCACACCACGCCCGACACGCCCGAGAUCCGCCAAGUCAGAGCCACCCAGGAGGCCGUCAGCGAUCUGAUCUACAAGUCGGAUUUCUUCAAGAUGCAAGGCCACCUGAUCUCGCUGCCCUACACCCCUCACGUGCUGCACUGUCGCUACGUUGGGGACAUCACCAGUGAUAAUAAAUACAAAGAGGACCUGAGGUGGCUGAAGGGCUUGGGCUGCUUCCUGUAUGACACUCCAGACAUGGUCCGUGCCCGCGAGCUCCGCAAGCUCUGGUCUAAUUAUAUUUACACAAAUACUGCCAAGAAACUGUGGCCUAAAUUCAAGGUGGUGUUGGACACUCCUGGAUACAGAGCAGUGCAGGAACUAAAAACCCAUCUGAGUGAGCUGGUUUACAGAGCUGCAGGCAAUGAGCUGAAGACCAAAUACACUUCCAUCCUUGAUACACCUGACCUCAUAAGAGCCAAGACAGGACAGAAAAUCCAGAGCCAGUAUUUGUACGUGGAACUUGCCACAAAGGAGAGACCCCACCAUCAUGCUGAUGGUCAGACUCAAGCCUUUACACAUGCCAGGAAUGUCAAGGACAUGAUCAGUGAGAAAAAGUACAAAACGCAGUACGAGAAGAUGAAGGACAAAUACACGCCUGUCCCUGACACCCCGGUGCUGCUCAGAGCCAAGAGAGCCUACCUGAACGCCAGCGACCUGCGCUACAAAGAAACCUUUGAGAACACCAAGGGCAAAUACCACACGGUGAAGGAUGCUCUGGACAUUGUCUACCACAGGAAGGUCACUGAUGACAUCAGCAGUAUCAAAUAUAAGGAAAAUUACAUGAGCCAGCUGGGAAUCUGGAGAUCCAUCCCAGACCGGCCCGAGCACUUCCACCACCGCCUGGUCACGGAUGCCAUCAGUGAUGUUAAGUACAAGGAAGACCUGGAAUGGCUCAAAGGCACUGGCUGCUAUGUGUGGGAUACUCCAAGUUUUGUCCUGGCAGAGAAGAAUAAAGUGCUCUACAGUGGGUGUAAGUACAAAGAGAAUUUUGAGAAGACCAAGUCCAAGUUCAAGUACGUGGCUGACUCUCCAAUCAAUGAACAUUUCAAAUAUGCAACUCAGCUGAUGGAUGGGAAAUUAUAUAAAGCAGCCUAUGAGAAGCUCAAAGAUAGGUACAGCGUUAUUGUGGAUGACCCCAGGAAUCUGCUGGCCAAGUGGGGCAGCACUCUGAGCAGUCAGAUUCAGUACAAGAAGGACUAUGAGAAGAAGAAAGGCAAAUACACCACAGUUCUGGAUACUCCAGAGUAUUUACGGACCACAAAGGUCAACAAACAGAUCAGUGACAUUAUUUACAAGCUGGAAUACAACAAAGCCAAGCCCAAGGGCUACACCACCAUCCAGGACACGCCGAUGCUGCUGCACGUGCGCAAGGUCAAGGACAGGAUCAGUGAUCUGAAAUACAAAGAAAUGUAUGAGAGGAGCAAAUCUCGCUGCAACGUCGUGGCGGAUUCCGUUCACAUCAAAACUCCCAGACACGCCUACAAACUGAACAGCAACCUGGAUUAUAAGAAGAAAUACGAAGCAGCCAAAGCCCACUGGCACCUGAUUGCUGACAGGCCUGACUUUGUCCAAGCAGCCAAGUCCUCUCUGCAGCAGAGCGAUUACGAAUACAAACUGGACCGGGAAUUCCUCAAGGGGUGCAAACUCUCUGUGACAGAUGACAAAAACACAGUGUUGGCCCUAAACAAUGCCAUCCUGGCCAGUGAUAUAAAAUACAAAGAGAAGCACAACAAAGCCCGUGGCACCUACCACGUUGUCCCCGACACCCCUCAGAUCCUGCUGGCUAAGAACGUCAGCUCUCUGGUGUCUGAGAACAAGUACAAGGAACAGAGCAAGAAGCAGCUGCCCCAUGGCUCUUUCACCACCCUGCCCGAGACCAGGGACACCGUGCACGUGAAGGAGGUGACCAAGAACGUCAGCGAGACGAACUACAAGAAGAAGUUUGUGAAGGAGAAAGGCAAAUCCAAUUAUUCUGUCAUGCUGGAGCCUCCUGAGGUGAAACAUGCCAUGGAAGUUGCUAAAAACCAGAGCACAAUUGAAUACAAGAAAGAUGCCAAGUCCAAACUCCACUACACACCUAUAGCAGAUCGACCAGAUAUUAAGAAAGCAACUCAGGCUGCCAAGUUAAUCAGCAAUAUUGAAUAUAAGAAGCGUGGAGCAGCAGGUGUGGGUGUGACCAUGCUGGGACGUCCGGACAUUGAGCUGGCCAAGGAGGUGUCCAAACUGACCAGCCAGGUGAAAUACAAGGAGAACUUUGCCAAAGAGCUGGGUAAAAAGCCAAAAUAUGAUUUGAAGGAAGCCAAAAUCUACAAGACCCUGAAGGACGCCCACAACAUGGCCAGCGAGGUGAAGUACAAGGCAGACCUGAAGAAGCUGCACAAGCCCGUGACGGACAUGAAGGAGUCGCUGCUGAUGAACCACGUGCUGAGCACGAGCCAGCUCGCCAGUGCUUACCAGUACAAGAAGCAGUAUGAGAAGAGUAAGGGUCACUACCAUGUGGUGCCAGAUAAUCUUGAACAGGUUCAUCUCAGGGAGGCCUCAGAACUCCAGAGCCACGUGAAAUACAGAGAAAAGUAUGAGAAGGAAAAAGGAAAACCAAUGUUGGACUUUGAAACUCCCACAUACCUGACUGCAAAGGAGUCUCAGCUCAUGCAGAGCGAGAAAGAAUAUAAGAAGGACUUUGAAGAGUCCAUGAAGGGCAGGAACCUCACUGGCCUGGAGGUCACACCAUCCCUCUUACAUGUCAAAUACGCCACCAAAAUAGCGAGCGAGAAAGAGUACAGGAAGGAUCUGGAGGAAGGAGUCAAAGGGAAAGGACUGACAGCCUUAGAGGAGACUCCAGACAUGCUGAGAGCCAAGAAUGCCACUCAGAUCCUGAACGAGAAGGAGUACAAGAAGGCCCUGGAGCUGGAGAUCCGCGGGAAGGGCCUGACCGAGCUGGCGCUGGAGACGCCGGAUUUCGUCCGCGCCAGGAACGCCACCGACAUCGCCAGCCAGAUCAAAUACAAACAAUUGGCAGAAAUGGAGAAAGCCAACUACACCAGUGUUGUUGAUACUCCAGAGAUUAUUCAUGCCCAGCAGGUCAAGAACCUUUCCAGCCAGAAAAAAUACAAGGAAGAUGCAGAGAAGAACAUGCCCUACUAUGUGCCCGUGGCUGACACACCAGAAAUGCAGCGGGUCCGAGAGAAUCAGAAGAACUUCAGCAUGCUUCAGUAUCAGUCAGACCUACAGAACAGUAAAGGAAAAGUCACAGUGGUGCAGGACACCCCAGAAAUCCUGAGGGUGAAGGAAAACCAGAAGAAUUUCAGCUCGAUUUUGUAUAAAGAAGAUAUUGGAACUGGAACCACAAUUGAAAAGACCCCAGAGAUGCAGAGAGUUAAACGAACCCAGGAUAAUAUCAGCUCGGUGAAGUACAAGGAGAGCAUUGGGAAAGGGACCCCCAUUCCCGACCUGCCCGAGGUGAAGCGCGUCAAGGAGACCCAGAAGCACAUCAGCUCGGUGUUGUACAAGGAGGAGCUGGGCACAGGAACCCCCACCCCUGUCACCCCCGAGAUUGAGAGGGUCAAACGCAACCAGGAAAACUUUAGCUCGGUGUUGUACAAGGAGGAGCUGGGCACAGGAACCCCCACCCCUGUCACCCCCGAGAUGGAGAGGGUCAAACGCAACCAGGAACACAUUAGCUCGGUGUUGUACAAGGAAAACAUAGGGAAAGCCACCCCCACCCCCGUCACCCCCGAGAUGGAGAGAGUCAAGCGCAAUCAGGAGAUCAUUAGCUCGGUUUUGUACAAGGAAAAUGUGGGGAAGGUGACCCCGACCCCCAUCACCCCCGAGAUGGAGAGAGUCAAACGCAAUCAAGAGAUCAUUAGCUCGGUGUUGUACAAAGAGAACGUGGGGCAGGCGACCCCCACGCCCGUCACCCCCGAGAUGGAGCGGGUCAAACGCAACCAGGAGCAGAUCAGCUCGGUGCUGUACAAGGAGCACAUGGCCAAGGGAACCCCGACCCCGCUGACCCCCGAGAUGGAGAGAGCCAAGCGCAACCAGGAGAACAUCAGCUCGGUCCUUUACUCCGACAGUUUCCGCAAGCAAGUCCAAGGAAAAGCCGCCUACGUCCUGGACACCCCGGAGAUGCGGCGCGUGCGGGAGACCCAGAAACACAUCUCCACUGUGAAGUACCACGAGGACUUUGAGAAGAGCAAAGGGAGCUUCACGCCCGUGGUGACCGACCCCAUCACGGAGCGCGUGAAGAAGAACAUGCAGGACUUCAGUGACAUCAGCUACAGGGGCAUCCAGAGGAGGGUGGUGGAGAUGGAGCGCAAACGCGUGGACCAGGACCAGGAGAACCUGACAGGGCUCCGGGUGUGGAGAACCAACCCCGGCUCCGUCUUCGACUACGACCCCGCCGAGGACAACAUCCAGUCCCGGAGCCUGCACAUGAUCUCAGUCCAGGCGCAGCGCCGCAGCCGGGAGCACUCGCGCUCCGCCAGCGCCCUCAGCAUCAGCGGCGCGGCCGACGAGAAAUCGGAGCCGUCGGACGGCACCGACCAGCGCCUGUCCUACUACAGCAACGGGGGCUUCUUCACUGCCACGGCCACAGUGGGCUACAAGCAGGUGAAGACCAUUGAGCUGCCACAGCAGCGCUCGUCCUCGGUGGCCACCCAGCAAACCACGGUGUCCUCGGUGCCUUCCCACCCCUCCACGGCUGGGAAGACCUUCCGGGCCAUGUACGACUACACGGCGGCGGACGCGGACGAGGUGUCCUUCAAGGACGGGGACACGAUUGUCAACGUGCAGGCCAUCGACGAGGGCUGGAUGUACGGCACGGUGCAGAGAACCGGCAAGACCGGCAUGCUGCCCGCCAACUACGUGGAGGCCGUGUGAGCCCGGCCCGCCCCGGGCUGGGACAGCUCCCCGGGGUUGGGACACCUCCCCAGGGCUGGGACAGCUUCCCUGGGGCUGGGACACCACCCCCGG